GCGGAACACGAUUUCAUGGUUCCCAUGAACUUCGACAAUAAGAAUAGCCCCAGCCUGUUCGAUUUGGUGCAGCAAGCGCAAGCCGCCAUCGCGAAACAACAGGAGAGUGCUGGCCGCGGGGAAGGUCUAGUGGAAGGAGCACAAGAAGCUGCUGGUGUGGCUGUGGCUGCGAACGCCAGUAAGAACUCAAACUAUGCGAACAUCGCCGUGGAAAUCAUUCUGAUUAAGCAGCAAACCCCAGCAGAGAAGCUGAUUGAGACACUGGUGAAAAACGUUCUCGAGGGGGACAAUCAGGACGAGGCAACAAGUAGAAUUUCACCGGAACAAAUGAGCAGCAGUAGUCAACAAGGAAAUACAAGUGCCACUGCUCAUAGGCCGACGUCGACGAGGAUUCUGUCCUCGAAAUCUAUUCUUCCGAGGUUUAUCCGGACCGUGAAUGAGAAGCGCCUUUACCUCGAGGAGCAGGACGCCAUUGAAAAGUGGGCCUCGGAGGACGCAGGAACAGCGCGGCGUGAAACGCUUCGCACAGCCACGACCAGCAGUUCGUACAGUUUCUCUCCCGAGCUGCACCCUGCGAAGGUUUUGGUACUGGAGCGGAUGCUUUCCUAUGCGCGCAAGAAAAAAGCGUUGGCUGCGGCGGAAUACGAGAAGCAACAACUGUUUGAGCACCAGCAGCGAAUGCGGGACGAGGGCAAAUCCGUGCAGGCUGUGAACACCACGGAACAUAUCCUAUGUAAAAACGUCCCCACCUUCCCAUAGUGUAGAUGGGGACUCGGCUAGACAAGUCCACAAGUUUCGGCUGUUUUGCAUGACAAAUUUGGACUCGUAGUGUAGUGCUAAUUGAGCUAGCUCAGUAGCAUCACAGAUCUAGUAUAUCAUCCUGAUUGGAGCAUGACAAAUUUCACUACACGGCUGGAAAAUAAAUGCUUCUCAUCGGGCUCCGCAUGAGAAACAUUGUCAGCAUGCAGAUUUGCAUGACAAGAACUCUGCUGGUGGGUACGUUUUUACACAGGAUAGAACAACAGCGUUUGUUAAACACGUACACCCGGAUCGCGAAGAACACUGUGGCGAUAUCACCUGUAAAAAUGAUUGGGUCUGGAAGAAUGCGCGAUUUGUCAUGCAGCUUUUCCAUGACCCAUGAAGCCCAGAAUGCAGGACCUAGCAUGACACAUUCUGCGCGAUCUCUCUCAUGCCUAUCCUGCAUGAGAAACUCCCUCCGGACUUGGUCAAAACUGGACGACUUUUGGUAAUCAUGCAACACAGAUUUUUGCAGGCUUCAGAUUUAGCAUGAAAAGUUGCAUUCUUCCAGACCCAGACACUUUUGCAUUUGAUAGGCGACGCCGUUGAACAAGGAGUUUACGGAAGAAUUCACGAAGGACUUGGAUAAAUUCGUCGAAACGGACGCAGUCGUGAGAAAACAGCUGGACAAAGCGCUGCUGAAGUACGAGGCUGACCUGGAGGAAGAAAAAACCGCGACGAUUCAAGAUUUGCUCCAAGAGGACUAGUAUGAAAUGCAAAUAUGUCUGAUUCUGGAAGGUUGGAACUUGUAAUGCUGUCUUUGGAUUCCCAAAAAAUCUGCAUUGCAUGACCAGCAACAGGAGUCCAGUUUGUGUUACGCGCAGAGGGCAUUUCUCAUGCGGGAUAGGCAUUAGGAAGCUCUCUAAAAAUCUGUGAUGCUAGAUCAUGGAUUACAGGCGUCAUGGAUCAUACCGAAUCUGCAUGACAAACCUUGCACCCUUCCCGACCCAGACAUAUUUGCAAUCCAUAACUACAACGACGGCGACCCGAUGGACGGCCCGGCGACUUUAUCAAAUGCAAAUAUGUCUGGGUCUGGAAGAAUACAAACCUGUGAUGCGCAUUUCAGAACGCAGAAAAAUCUCUCAUGCAUAGGGAGCAAAAGCUGCCCACUUUCUGUCACCAAAGUGGGGCACCUGUCAUGCGGAUUCGGCAUCAAGGAAGCUUUGCGAAACCUGUGAUGCUAGAGCUUCCAUGCCAGACCUUCUGUGUCAUGCAAAAACAGCACGACUCUUCCAGACCCAGACACUUUUGCAUUUGAUAGACCGAUUGGGACGACCCGGCGCAGGCCUACAACUACCGCGUACAGAAGGUGCGGGACGAGCACGCGUAUGAGGAGUUGCGGGUGUAUUUGGACCAGGUUUUGCAGCUGUUGUGUUCUUCAAACGGGGUGCGGAAGGGGUUCAAGACGUAUUUGCGGAAGUUGGUCGAAGACGAACUGGAGAAAAUUGAAGAGGAAAAAAUUUUUAAAGCGGAACAGGAGCAGGAGGAGAAAAAACAGAAAGAGCAGGAAGAGCGACAAAAACUUCGAGCUGCGACUUUAGGACCCUCCUCUUCUUUUUCAUCCGCAAGUAGUUCAUCUGCACGUGGAAUAAACAGACCCGCAGGUGGUCGUGGACCUCGUGGUUCUUCUGGUUCGGCUAGUACAGCUUUAUUGCCUCUCCCGAUCAGUGGUGGACCCCGCCAUGAAGGAGUGGAUCAAGAACUACCUUCUCGGACGUCCGUAUCUGCCCUGGGUCUGGACAACCCGAUGGCCUCUUUCCGCAGGUUUCAGCCCGUCGACAUGGAAGCCCAGAUCGACUUUUUCCCCGGAUACCCCGGAACCCGGGAGGAAACCAUCCGGCGAUGGCGGGAAGCGUGGGCCGCGGAGCAGAAUCAGAAUCAGCAGCAACAAAUGAACAACGGUCAUCAACCUCCUGCACCACCGGCACCGCCGCGCGCUGCACUGUUGAUUCCCGAUGCAGCUCGGCGACCAGGAGCACCACUGAAUGAAGAUCCGCCGCAACACCUGCCAGGACAGGUUGCUGGGUACUAUCUACAGCAUGAGAACCAACUUCCUCCGGUUCCGCCGUACAACCCAGCCGAGCAUCACAAUCACCAGCCUCAAGCCUUGCCAGCAGGUUUCCAACCUGCUCACGAAGCGCAGCUGCCAGCCGGAUUCCAACGUCAAGCCUUGCCAGCGGGAUUUCAACGUCAAGCACUGCCAGCAGGUUUCCAACGUCAACCCUUGCCAGCGGGUUUCCAACCUUCGUAUUCGCAACCAGCAGUUGUGGCUUCUACCCGCCCACCAGGACUUCCUCUACCCGGCGCCCCCUUCGUGUCAGAGGAGCUUCCAAGAAGACCCCCCUCGGCGGAGGAAAAAAAACAACUUCCAAGCACUGAAUCGAGGAAUGGAACAACUUCCAGCACAAAUUCCUUGUCGACAGAAUCACUACCGAGGUGGAGCAGCUGCUGGUCCGCUGGGUUUUGCAGCAGGUCGCGAAAUUUACCAAGCGAAUUGUGGACACAACUCUGAAGUACCACGAGCUGAACGUCGAGAAGCUGUUGGAAGACAAACGGGCGAUUUUGCUGCAACUCCGGCGCCAGGCCGGUGGUCCGAACGCUGAACUAAACGCUAAUGUAGUAGCCGACACGAUGUCGGCCAAAGUGGACCAUCGCGGGGAUUUGAACUACUUGCCGGGGACAAGUGAAAUUCACGUGAAGUACAUGCUCGACCACCCGCUGUCGCGGAAAGAUUUUGCCCGGAUUCAAAACUUCGUCUGGGUGCUGGAUUACGUCGUGAACGCCGUUGGGAUUGGAAGCAAGAACGGCUUUGACGACUUUGCAGGCUUUUUCCGUACUUCAUCCUCUGCCGCGACGAGAACAAAUGCAAACCAACAAGGUGGUUUGCUACAACUACCCUUUAUUCCAAACGGCGGCGACCCGCAUCGCAAUAUCGAGGAUCAGCUGCGGGAUCCGAAUAGUGAGCGGCGGUUUCUCGAUGCGGAGCUUGAUUUCAAAGUGGAGGAGCGCAAAUUGGAAUCACUUUCGUUACUCGGGCAGUUUGUCGGGUUUCUGCUGCUAGAUCCCUCCUUCGAGUCGUUAAGUUACAAUUUGGAGGAGAAUCUCCAGCGGGCGCGAACCUUCGCGCACAACCCGAAUGCUGGCCGGAACCACAAAGCCGGGUAUGGGAAUUCGCUUUACGUGGCGGUCGUGAAAAUGAUCAAGCACUUGAAACAGACCAGCAUUCACCGGGAUUCCCCUUUCCGCGGGUUCCGACAGCACGGCGGCCGCGUGAUUUCCCCCCUGAAGCUGGCCGCGUUUUUGAC